UUUACCAGGAAGCAAGAAAUGUCUAAAGGAAAGAAGGGAAGAGUUCAGAGAAUGUACUGACAGAAAAAAAGCCUCAUUCUGUUUCUUCUCUGACUCUAAGGGCUUCUUCUCACCGCAUUUCUCAGGAAAACUUCGCCCGGAGCAACUAUUUACACUCUUAAAGGGACACUCGGCCUAAAGAAUGGCAGAAAAGGUGCUGGUCACAGGUGGAGGGGGCUACAUUGGGAGUCACUGUGUGCUGGAGCUUAUUGAAGCAGGAUACCAGCCAGUCGUAGUGGAUAACUUCAGCAACGCUGUACGAGGAGAAGGGGAUGUACCAGAGAGCAUACGUAGGAUAGAGAAGCUCUUGAAUACCAGCAUUGAGUUUCAUGAACUUGACCUCCUGGACCGACCUGGCUUAGAAAAACUUUUCAAAAAGCAUUCUUUCAGCGCUGUGAUGCACUUUGCGGGCCUGAAAGCUGUCGGGGAGUCGGUGGAGCAGCCGCUCCGCUACUACAGAGUCAACCUCACCGCCUCCAUGAACCUGCUCGAGGUGAUGCAGGCUCACAAGGUGCACAAUGUGGUCUUCAGCAGCUCAGCCACAGUGUACGGAGACCCCCAGCACCUCCCUAUUGAUGAGCAGCACCCAGUAGGGGGCUGCACCAACCCCUACGGCAAGACCAAGUUCUUCAUCGAGGAGAUGAUCAAGGAUCACUGUACAGCUGAGAAGGACUGGAAUGCAGUGCUCCUGCGUUAUUUCAACCCAAUUGGAGCUCAUUCCUCUGGUCUGAUUGGAGAGGACCCUCAGGGUAUCCCUAACAACCUGCUGCCAUAUGUUGCCCAGGUUGCAGUUGGGAGAAGAAAGUGUCUCAGUGUGUUUGGAAAUGACUACGACACACCUGAUGGCACCGGUGUGCGGGAUUACAUCCAUGUCGUCGAUCUAGCAAAGGGACACAUAGCAGCUCUGAAGAAGCUGAAGGACGACUGCGGAUGCAAGGUUUACAACCUUGGAACAGGAAGAGGCUACUCUGUGCUCCAGAUGGUGAAAGCCAUGGAGAAGGCAUCAGGGAAAGAGAUCGCAUACAAGAUCGCCCCUCGUAGAGGCGGAGACAUCGCAUCCUGCUACGCUGACCCUCAGCUAGCCGAGAAGGAACUCGGCUGGAAGGCUCAGUUCGACUUGGAAAAAAUGUGUGAGGAUCUGUGGCGCUGGCAGUCCAUGAACCCCACCGGCUUCACCAACGGCACGGCCUCUUGAUGCAACUCCCGCGAGUCGUCGCCAUUCUUAGAUCCUCUUCUAAAUCACCGGGCCAAAGCAAAACCAUCAGCUUCCUCGUUUUUGCAUUUCACAUGAACACCUCAAGAGGAGCUGUAACUUUUACAUUUUGUUCUGUUUAACUUUCUAAUUGCUCUAUUUUAAUGGUCGGCUUGUUUUAAAAUUAUUUACAUUAGAAGAAAAUGUCUGAAUAUCUUUGUUUUGUUUUGUUUCUGUCUGUUUAUUUCAGAUUUAACUAUGGGAUAUUUUUUCUAUGAAUGUAUCGAUCUGGGAGCCAUAACAAUGACAGAAUAAAUUAAUUUUCUUACUGAAAAAACUGAAA